AUGCAUCUGAAAAAGAAAAAGGAAAAUGUUGCACUGAGUGCAGUAGAUGAUGAGGUAUCGACUAUCAGUAGAAGUUCUAGGAAAAUCCUCUUGGAGGGUGAUUACUUUUAUAUCAUCCAAGGUGGUAUGGAACAUAUGCAUGUUCUCGGUCUUUUGUCAUGCACAGGGCUCAUUUGGAAUGGGGGUUUGGAAUCUGGAAGCUUUGCUUUUAUGCCGUGGACUUGCAGAGCUUGUGGAGAUCUUUUUUGGAAAAGAAUUCUGAAGAGGAGUUUGGUGGCUGUAGCACAAAGACAUAUCACAUGGUAG